AACUCGAUUUCGCAUUUGGGGCUGCAGUCGACAUCUCGAGUCGAAGGCUACCACGCUGCAAUGAAACUAUGGCUUCGCAACGCCACAUCCGAUCUACUCACUAUAUAUAAGCCAAUGGUACGUUGGUGGACUGAAAGCAUCGAAAAACACGAGCACGCCGUCAGCUCCGAGACAGAUAGCAUACUGACCGCCUUCAGAAAGGGUGUCUACGAAGAUGUCGUGUUGAAGAUCCACAAUCACGCGCUGAAAAGUGUGCAGAGCUCAUCCAGAACAUAG